AGGCCAGUGAUCGCUGGAACGCUUCGUUAGCCCGACCCGGAACUGUGGCCGAACAAGCGUGGAAGGUACCCCGCUAAGGGUCGCAACCACUCAGCUCCCCACGUGCCUUCUCUGCGCCUCCUGAUCGGCCAGCCCUACCACGGUACCUCGUCAACCCUGCUCCAAACAUGAAGUUCGGCCAUCUCUUCAAGCAGACUCUCCGGGACGAGGGAUUCCCGCCAGAGUGGGUCGACUCGGCUAUCUCUUACUCGCAGCUCAAGAAAUGCAUCAAGAGGCUUACUGACGAGCUGCGGCAAGUGGGCCUUGACCCUGCCACCUUGUCCAAACUACUCAAACAUGUCGAAGACUACAAUGCUUCUACCAAAGAAGACGACGAUCAAGAACGACCUUUCGAGUACAUUCUCAACCCCGACGGUGCCAAGGAUAAUGCAUCGCCCUCGCGCAAGGCGUUCCAUCCAAAGCUUCUCUUCUACGUGAACGAAUCUAGUGGAGAGGUACUGAGCGCCCAACUCGAUGAUGACACCAGACGCAAACUUCAGAUGCUGGCUAUUGAGACGGGUAUGUCUGAUAUGCGCGUCUUGGACGACUCAAACUCGUCACUCCAAUCCGUCGACUCCAUAGAUCCAUCCAACCCUACGACUGCUACCCCGACCAAUACUUCUCGUAAUCGACCAGGGUAUCGUACAGUGGAGGUUCCCAUCACCUCGGAUACGGAGUUCUUCACCAGGCUUACCAGUGAAGUUACAGGACUGGAGAGACUGCAGGAGCGGGAACAAAAGCGAAUGAAUGUCCAGAUCGAAGCAUUAGGGAAGCAGGUUGCAAAAUUGACGGAUCCAGACCGGAGAGCCAACAGGAAAAUGCUCACUGCUUGGCGUCAAAUCUUCCAAAUAUACGUGGAAGAGGGCAUCUUCUUUGGAACGACAGAAAUGGACCAUAAAUCGCACGACUCAGAGAAGGCCAUGGCGAGACUGGCGGGGUUCUCCAACAAGAUCGCCAAGGCUGGCUUAGUGGAACAGUUGAAGAAGAAGGAGAAUCUACAAGCACUGAACAAUUUCAUGCAUAUCAACCGUGAGAUUCUACAAGGCCUGCGAUUCGGUGAGAUCAACCAUAAUGCGAUGAUCAAGAUCCUCAAGAAAUUCGACAAACGCACAGCUCUAGGCGUAAAGUCUACAUUUCCGCGUCAAGUAGAGUACCCAGAAUUCUCGGAACAUCUCGCCAAAGCCGUCUGCGCAGAAGUCAACACGCAGAUCCUAUCCCACAUCCCGCAGAUAGACGACUACUCCUGCCCCAUGUGCAUGGAGAUCCAAUGGCGGCCCGUAAAGCUUAGCUGCAACCAUACUUUCUGCAUUCGGUGCUUGAUCGUCAUGCAGAACAACAAGCAAUACAACUGUCCGUUCUGCCGGGAGAAGACAGUCUUCGAUGCGAAUUCAGAUAACUUGGACACUGAACAGGCCGCCUUCCUCAAGAAAUGGUUCCCAGAGGAAGUCAAGAACAAGCAGCGGUACAACGAGAUGAUGGCGGGCGUGGACCAGUAUGGAGAAGUGUAUGCGACUGAAAAGUGCGUUGUAAUGUAAUGAUUCGCAACUUUCAUGGGUCGCAUGCUAAGUCUGUGCCAAAGAUUCCUGCGCGGUGGUUCCCUGUGGCACAUGAUUUGAUUUCAUCUACGGGACUUGAGCGCUUUGUCAAGAGCUGUUUUUGAGAUUUUUACCCCAAAGAUACCCAGCACAUGUUGUGCAUAUACAAUAGCCAAUGACUAAUUCAACAUAUCUCUACUAUCGCCGCGUGUGAUUUCAACCGAGCAUUUUGUGACGCCAGAUAAUGAAUUGCAUCAGCACAGGGGAAGCAGCUGAACGGUGAUGGACUUCGUAUGGAAGA